AUGGAGGAUUUAGAUUAUGCUGGGAUUAACUUUGGUGUUAUUGCUUUUCUUUAUUUAUCCUCAAUCUUCCUGAUCUUGAAAACAAAUACUAAGAGUUUUAAUAAAAAGAUUUAGGAUCAGAAAGAAACUAUAACUAAUUCUAGUGUAGAAUAGAUUUUAGAAGCAUUUGUCUUUUGGCCUUGUGAAACUAAAAAGAAUCACAAAUUAGUAAAGUAAUCAAAUUAUUUAGAUUUGUUUGGAAAAAGUAAUAUAUAUAUUUGUUAUUUUCACAAAUUAAGAAGUUGCUUAAUCAUUAUAUGAAUAACAAAAUAAUAUUUAGGAUACUAUGUAAGACUACAUAUAUAAAUAUCUAUACAUACCAAUAAUUUGUUUUGGAGGACUUGUGUUUUAAAAAGUCUUUUAUUAUACUUUUUAUUGCUUUUAUGAAGAAUGUAUAUUCAAGUAAUUAGAAAAAAAAUAUCCAAAAACUGUAAAAUUUGCAUUUUCUGAUCCCAGAUCAAAAAGUAUGUAUUAUUUUGGUUAUGUAAUUGCCAAUUUGGUAGUAAUUUUAAUUGUUUUCAUCGAUUCAAAAGAUGAUAUAUUCGGUAACUGUAUUGUAUCAGCAGUGAUAUCAUCUUUAUUAUAAAUAUUUGGAUUGGAAUUGCUUUUUGUUAUUGUCUUUGUCUAUUUUAUUCAGAUAGAUAAUAAAAAAUAUACAAUACUAUUUUAAUAGAAGAAACUAAUCUCAUUGAUUGAUAAAGUAAAUUUUAUUUAUAUUGGUGAUAGACAGAGAAAAAUAAUAAUGAAAGUACACCGCUUCAAUGA